AUGGGCAGAAUUAACAAACCCAAGCAAAAAGCGCCCUCUGACCGCACCCGCGCCGCUCGCCGUCAAGCCUCGCCCUCCCUCGGCCUCGACAAAUCGCUCGCAACGCUGCCCAGGGCCUCCGACGACCCCGUGUUGACCAACAAAGAGGCGACCGCCAAGAAGGUUGGCGACGCCGUGCUGCGCGCCACGCUGGGCGACAGCGGCGUCAAGAAGAGGAAGCGCGGGGGUAAGGAGGCGAGUAGGCGCCAGAAGGAGCGCAUGGAGAAGGCGGUCGGAAAGGCGGAGGCCGUGAUGGAGAGGCUGGAUAAGAAGCGUGGGGAUAGUAUGAAGAGGGGGAAGGUGGUGAAGGAUAGGAGGGAUGAUUGGAGUGUGUUGAAUGAGAAGAUUGAGGGCGAGGUGGAGGCCGUCAAGGGGGCGGCGGUGGAUGUGGUGGCGUAG